AUGCCCCUUCUUUUCGUGAUACAACAGAUGAUGCUGCUGUGCACCGCAUGUCCCGUUCCUGCGUUGGGGGCGGCAACCAUCGUUCCAAGACUUGCAAGACCAAACCAAGCGCCAACGUUGCUACCGCACGUCAGCAUCGGCGUAUUGCACGGACAUCAAGCAGCAGCCAUGACUCAAGGCCAGAAGGGUACAAGAGCACGGCCCGAAGCAGCUUUCGUCAGUGGGCACGGCAACCGUCCGAGCGACAAGUUAUCUAACAUGCCCCUUUUUUUCGUGAUACAACAGGUUAGUGAAGGCGAUUGCAUGUGUUUCAAAUCUGACAACCGAUGUAUUAUUGUUCUGCCGUGCCCACGAGUGUUUUUUGCCUGUGCCUUGCAGUGUCGGGAUAAUUUAUUCUUGCUUCUUUCUGGGGACGUCGAGUUAAAUCCGGGCCCGGAUACAACACUGGAAAAAAUGAUUAAACAAGUUCUUGAAAAUCAAAAGCAAAUGAGUAGUGAAAUUAAAGAAGUGAAGGAAAACCAGGUUACGUCCCAACAAAGACAGGACGAAAUGGCUGCAAAGAUCACCCGCCUUGAAACGGCUCUAGACGCCCUCCAGAAGAGCAAUCGAGAUAUUGUUCAGCUACGGGGAACAGUUCAAAAGUUAGAAGAACUAGUUCAUAUACAACAGACUAAAAUAACAGAUCUUGAAGAUAGGUCUGGGUCCAGAAGCUACAGAUGCGUCAAGUGCGUGAAGCAACCUGACCCUCCUGCAGGCCUGGCUGCCUGUGCUAACGGCACCGGCGACACACCCACCGAAAAAUCUGCGUCUUGCCCAGAGCUUGCGAGUACUGCCGGCGGCUCCGUAUCUCCUAACGUCGUCAUGCAGAUGCAGAAUAUGGCAGCUGAGAAAGCUGCUCUAACGUUUGAAGUGCAACAGCUACGUGCCGAAGAUGUGACUCUUCGUGUGCAAAUACGCGAUUUACGCGAGUGUGUCGUGGGGCAAACUGAAUUUCCGCCGCUCCGUUGCUCCGGUCAACCGGCACCGCCAGCGCAAAGCUUCGCUUGUGUAACCACGACAAGGCCAGGCUUCUUGAAUGAGGACGCAGGAUCUCAAUAUUCUACUACUCGUCCUCUGCACAAGAUCCACCAACCUUAG